AUGCUGGCGCUGCGCGGGCGUGGAUCCUGCCGGGCGUGGACGGCCGUGGCCGCGGCGCUCUGCUUCUCCGCCUGGUUCGGCACCGCCGCCGCCGGCGUCCCUUUCCACGCCAACGCCCUGGGCUCCAACUCCAUCAAGAACCCGCCCCCCGGCGGCGGGUCCUCGCUUAGCGGCGGCAGCGGGGCCAUGUACGACGGGAGCAAUAAAAGCCGCGCCGGCGAUUCGCAGAAGCUCGCCUUGUGUGAUGCGGACGAGGAUUGCAACGCCGACGAGUUUUGCCCCACCCCUGCCCGGGGGGGCGUCUCCGGAGGAGGAGGAGGAGGAGGAGGGCUGGUGUGCCUGACCUGCCGCAAACGCCGCAAGCGCUGUUUCCGCAACGCCAUGUGCUGCUCGGGCAACUUUUGCAACAACGGUAUCUGUGUAGAAUUUGACCAUUUUCAUUCUGGACGGUUUGAAGAGAUCAUCAUAGAAAAUUUUGACCAUGCUACUUUGGACUCCCAUGUGAAAAGGACCACAACAUCUCAAAUGUACCACUUAAAAGGCCAAGAAGGCGCUGUAUGUCUUCGCUCCUCGGACUGCGCUGAAGGACUCUGUUGCGCCCGUCACUUCUGGUCCAAGAUUUGCAAACCUGUCCUUAAGGAAGGCCAGGUGUGCACCAAGCACCACAAAAAGGGCUCCCAUGGUUUGGAACUCUUCCAGCGGUGUUACUGCGGAGACGGACUCUCCUGUCGACUGCAAAAAGACCACACCAUUAGCAACACUUCAAGAUUACAUACUUGCCAGAGACAUUAGCGGUGUUGGCUUUUCUUCGAAUCCUGAUGGACUCAGAGGGACCCUCGCUACAGGAAAAAAACCUUAAAAGACUGACGUUAUUUUUUUUCAGAGUUUACCCUAAAGUACUCUGGCAUUUCCC